GAGGAGACAGGAAGGAGAGGCUGGAGGAGGAGGAGAGAGGGGAAGAGACUCACGGAGGAAGAGAGGAAAACACAGCAGGAUCUGGAGAGCGUCUUGCUUGGAAUAGGAAGCGGGAGCCUGCGGGGGAGAAAGCUGGAACCCGGGCAGAGGUUGCGGAACGUGUGUCGGGCAGGGGAGACCGAAGGAAAAGCGCGGUGGGCAGCAUGAAACUGAGGGCUAGUGACCGGGACUGAUUCUUCCUGCCGGCAGUGUCCUCCCAGCCUCCCCCUGCCCAGCCUGAAUCCCAUCCCACUACCCAUGUAACUCCUCUCCCAGGAUAAGCUCUGUACCCUGACACACAUUAUUCCUCUGGGUGCAACCCCCCAUCAGCUCCCUCCUUGUGAGUGCCCUCCUGCCCCUCAUCCAUCUGUCCUCUGUGCCCCCAUCUCAUCACAUUCCUUGUACAGCCACCCUUCCUUAGAGCCUGCCCUGCACCAGAUCACUCCUCUCUCUCUGCAGCCCUGCUGAUAUUGCCCAGAUCACUCCCUUGGGUGCAGCCCCCUGUCCCAUUCAGACCAGUGCCCUCCAUCAGAUCUCAUCUCCAACACACUCCAUCCUUAUUCAGAUCUGCCAGCCUCCUGCUAACACAUGCACCAUCCCUUCCCCCUAUCUCUCUAGCCAGUAGUUGUGCCCACUCUCCUGUAUUGUCACUUUGGUACUUCAUUCAGUCAUUGUGCCUCCACUUGCCCCGUGUCUUGUUUGUCUUGUAAUGUAUAUGACACCAAAGCUCUGAGCAGUUCUAUUCCUUUGCAUCCUUUUAGCUGCUUAUUGAUCUUCUGCUAUCACCCAAUAUAUUACACUCUGCUUCUGUAACUGGGAUCCUCUUUUCUUUUAAACAUUGGGGCAGGCUUCUGUAACCUCACAUUUGUUUCAUCAUCCUACUCUGUAUCCAUUCUCUGAUCACUACUUUUCUGGACAUAAUUCUGAAUGAACCUUGCAAAGUACCAGUUAGUAUUUAACCUACUGUUUCCUAAACUACACCUGGGCCUUUCUGUCCCAUAAGGACAAUAUCUUUCCUACCCCAUAUUACUACUUUACUUGCCCAGUAUCUAUAUAUAUAUAUAUAUAUAUAUAUAUAUAUAUAUAUAUAUAUAUAGGCCUGUAUCAACACUAUCUCACUGUAUAUAACCCCCACCUAUAUAUAACUGCAACCUCCUGGCCUGACAUGUAAGGCUCCCCCAAUCUGGAAGGAUGAAUUACCAGCAGCAGCUGGCCAACUCUGCGGCCAUCCGUGCAGAGAUCCAACGUUUUGAAUCGGUGCACCCUAAUAUCUACUCCAUAUAUGAGCUUCUGGAGCGUUUGGAUGAACCUGCCCUGCAGAACCAGAUCCGAGAACAUGUCAUAGCCAUAGAAGAUGCCUUUGUAAAUAGUCAGGAAUGGACACUAAGCCGAUCUGUGCCAGAACUCAAAGUGGGCAUUGUGGGGAACUUGGCCAGUGGCAAAUCUGCUCUAGUGCAUCGGUACCUGACUGGUACUUAUGUACAAGAGGAGUCCCCUGAAGAUAUGGAUGCAGGUGGGAGGUUCAAGAAGGAAAUUGUAGUAGAUGGACAGAGCUACCUUCUUCUGAUCAGGGAUGAAGGGGGACCCCCCGAAGCACAAUUUGCCAUGUGGGUGGAUGCAGUUAUCUUUGUCUUCAGCCUGGAAGAUGAGAUCAGCUUUCAGACAGUCUAUCACUACUACAGCCGCCUUGCCAACUACCGCAACACCAGCGAGAUCCCUAUGGUGCUGGUAGGCACUCAAGAUGCCAUUAGCUGCAGUAACCCCCGUGUAAUUGAUGACAGCCGGGCACGAAAGCUUUCUAAUGACCUCAAGCGAUGCACUUAUUAUGAGACCUGCGCCACCUAUGGGCUAAAUGUGGAGCGUGUUUUCCAAGAUGUGGCCCAGAAGAUUGUAGCCACCCGUAAGAAACAACAGCUUUCCAUCGGACCCUGCAAGUCCCUGCCAAACUCCCCCAGCCACACGUCUGUCUGUUCUACGCAGGUUUCGGCUGUUCACAUUAGUCAGACCAGUAAUGGUGGGGGUAGCCUAAGCGACUAUUCCUCAUCUGUCCCCUCUACACCGAGUACUAGUCAGAAGGAGCUGAGGAUCGACGUGCCCCCAGCAGCCAGCACACCCACUCCCGUGCGCAAGCAAUCAAAACGGCGCUCCAAUCUCUUCACGUCUCGCAAAGGGAGCGACCCAGACAAAGAUAAGAAAGGUCUAGAGAGCAGAGCAGACAGCAUCGGCAGCGGGCGAGCAAUACCAAUUAAACAGGGCAUGCUACUGAAAAGAAGCGGAAAGUCUCUUAACAAAGAGUGGAAGAAGAAAUACGUAACCUUGUGUGAUAACGGAGUUCUGACAUAUCAUCCCAGCUUACACGAUUACAUGCAAAAUGUCCAUGGUAAAGAGAUCGACCUCCUUAGAACUACUGUGAAGGUCCCUGGGAAAAGGCCUCCUCGAGCCACAUCCUCUUGUGCACCAGUUGCCAGCCCUAAAACCAAUGGUCUAACCAAAGAGGUCAGCGGGCUCCAGAUUUCCCCUAACACAGGGAACGUGACCAGCAGUACGUCAGUCACCCAAAUGGCCAGUGGUCCAAGUGGGAUUAGUUUAGGCUCAUUCAGCCGCAUGGAUGGGAUGCACCAGAGGUCAUACUCUGUGUCUAGCGCUGACCAGUGGAGCGAGGGAGCCGUCAUCGCCAACUCAGCCAUCAGCAGCGACACUGGCCUAGGAGACUCAGUGUGUUCCAGUCCUAGCAUCUCCAGCACUACAAGUCCCAAGCUAGAUCCGCCACCCUCGCCACACGCAAACCGCAAGAAGCACCGCCGGAAGAAAAGUACCAGUAACUUUAAGGCUGAUGGGCUGUCAAGUACUGCUGAAGCUAAACGUAAAGCAUGGAAACUUAACCGUGUUGGCAGCCUGCGAAAUGUUUACAGCAGCAACGCCAACACUGAAGAACAAGAGGAGAACUUUGAGUUUAUUAUCGUAUCCCUUACAAGUCAGAGCUGGCACUUUGAAGCUACAAGCUAUGAGGAGAGGGAUGCAUGGGUACAGGCCAUAGAGAGUCAGAUCUUGGCCAGCUUACAGUCCUGCGAAAGCAGCAAGAACAAGUCCCGGCUCACCAGCCAGAAUGAAGCUUUAGCACUACAGUCGAUCCGAAAUCUGCCAGGAAACUCGCACUGUGUGGACUGUGAUGCACAAAACCCAGAUUGGGCCAGUCUGAACCUGGGUGCCCUCAUGUGCAUUGAAUGUUCUGGGAUCCACCGUAACCUUGGUACUCACCUUUCCCGUGUCCGUUCCCUGGAUCUGGACGACUGGCCUCCAGAACUAAUUAAAGUGAUGUCAGCCAUCGGAAAUGAGCUGGCCAACAGUGUGUGGGAAGGGAGCAGCCAAGGGCAUGUAAAGCCAUGUUCGGAGAGCCCAAGAGAAGAGAAGGAACGCUGGAUACGUGCAAAGUAUGAGCAAAAGCUUUUUCUGUCACCGCUACCCUGCCGGGAUUUACCUCUGGGACAGCAGCUUCUAAGGGCCACAGCAGAGGAGGAUUUGAGAGCUGUAAUUUUGCUUCUUGCCCAUGGUUCCAGGGAGGAGGUUAAUGAGACCUGCGGGGAGGGAGACAGGCGCACAUCCCUACACCUGGCCUGUCGCAAGGGAAAUGUAGUACUCGUGCAACUGCUUAUAUGGUACGGUGUGGAUGUGAUGGCAAGGGACUUCCAUGGAAACACAGCAUUGGCGUAUGCCAAACAAGCAGUGACGUCUGAGGUGCGGGAGUUGCUUUUGCAAUAUGGUUGCCCUGACGAACAAUUUGUGCUGAUGGCCACGCCAAACCUGUCUCGGAAAAACAACCGCAACAACAACAGCAAUGCAGGGGGCAGUGGCCUGAUGCCCACCUUAAUCUGACAAGCCCCUGGUGGCGCAAACAGACUCCAGCACCGCUCAUCCCUCACAGAGCAGGGGGAGGAGUCAGGAAAGAGAUGUGGGUGGAGCUAAGGCACAAAGCACCAAGUGCAGGAGAGCCCGAGUCUUCACAACCAUUUGGGAGGGAGAAAGAAAAGGGGGAAAGGAGGGGGAGGAUGGUAGACAGAGAGCUGUCAGUUAUCUGCACAUUUCACCUCUACCCCAGCCGAACACUUAGGCUCUGCUCUCAUCUGACAAGGACUGCUCCACAUAAAUCACGUGCAGGCACUGAGUUUGUCAGGUUUGAGGCUCCAAUGAUGCUAUGUGUCAAAUCACUUGGAGCUAAUCUGUCCUCAGAGAAUGCUGGCUUCAUUACACUUGUAUAGUUGAGUUCCCUCAGCCUGUACUGCUGUUUAAUAGGACAUGAUUACUCAUCAUGUAGAAGGGAGCAUAUUAGCUGAGGAGGAAGCGCUCUCCACGCUCCGCUGAUUACAGGGAUGUGAUUGCAAUAUUCUUACAAGAAUCAUAUUAGCAGAGACAUUCUGUGUCCCAUCUUCAGACUUCUUGUCAUAAUCCCGCAGCGCUGCAAAGUGCCAGUUCCACUGAAACCACCCCAAAAAGAGAGAGAGAAAAAAAAUAUAUAUUGAUUUAUUUUAUAAGUGAAUUUUAGAAUGGAUAGAAGAACCUUAUUUUAUCUGGCAACAUUCUGCAUUGUGAUAUAUGGUUUUAGUCAUAUGCUUUUAAAGGCCAUUCCCAGUUUCAGAGGAGGAGGUUAAGAAAAGUCAACUGUCGGCCUCCUUUUUGUUAUACGUUUGUGUAACAUACCUCACCCAUCAUCUGGAGCGCAGCAGGCAAAGCUGUUUGCUACAAUGUUGUUGGCAGUCCAAAAGAAGUAGUUACAUGGUUGAGUGCUUUUAUUUAUGUUUUCCCCCCUUCCUGCUAUACAAAUACAUUGGGCUAAUUAGGAGCCUAUACUGGGCAGUGGAUUUGCAACAUAUGCAGGGAGGGUUGAUUGGCGUGCAGAGAGAAAUCCAUAUUGAUGUGCAGUGCGGCAGAUAGUAACGCUGACGAUAUUUAUGUAGCGUGGCACUUCAUUUAAAUCCUAUCCAUUUAAACCCUACAGAUCACUGUGCAUUAAUGAGCAAAAUAUGAUGCCCAGGGUAAAUUUAUAUACAAGCAUUGCCUAUGGAUUUAACUAGCAGUGCUUGCUAUAUGCUGGUUACCCUCACAGCACAUGUGUUUGCCUUGGGCUCUUGUAUCGAAGUUGGCACCAGGGGGAAAAAUGGAGAAGAAAGUGCAAAAAGUAUAUGUAUAACAAUUGUUAGAUGUCAGGGAUGUCCAACCUGCAGCCAUCAAACUCUUAUUCAAGUAAAAUUACCCCCCUGUUGUUGGGGCUUUUAUUGGGCAUCCUUGAUUUAUGUAAUUUUUCCCCUUCAGACUGACACUUGUUGAAUUGCCAGGGGCCUCUUCUAUCCAAACUCCAGUCCUGUAUGUAUUAAAGUAUAUUACUAUUACGAAGCUUGUAAACUAACGUAGAGUAAUGUAGUUUCUAAAUUGUAUAUUAAUGGGUGGGGCAUUCUACCAGUCAGGAACAUAUUCAUGUACAAAGACAUAUUUAAAUACAUAGCUCUGCACUGUAUAAAAAGGUCGAGAAGUAUACACUGCCACACAGACAACCUUUCUUUAUCCAGUCUGGGAUACGGCAUUGGCAUUCUCUGGCACUAACCCACUCAUCCCACAGAUAAUUUUUCUUUUCUCCUCCAUGUGUUACAUUGCUACACAUGGACUGGGGGUUGCCGUAUAGCUUUCUCCCACAAAGUCAUUAUUCCAUGCGCAGCAAUAUCAGCAGCAACCCUAGUGGCAAAACCAUGGUGCUGUUGCUUCUUUUGUCUAUGGGAAAUGCCUUACCUGUCGCAAUAUGGCAGAUGCCAUUUGUAUGAAUUGAGUGCAAAUAUGCCAGGCAGUAAAAUAUGCCUUAAUACCUAAAAUGAUGUGGGAGGAAACACAAUCUUUGAUUGAUGUACAUUUAAUUUUAAACUUGAAUUUGUUAGGAAAAAUGAAAGGUUUUCAGGAACAUGUAAAAGCCUCUUUGGAUGCUCCUUUACUAAAAGUUUGGGUUUAAAUAGAAAAGCACUCACCCAUAUAACAACUUCAGGUUUGUAUGUAUAUAUAACUAUGUAUACCAAGUCUAACACUGAACACUGACGCCAUAAAUGGAAUGUGUGUGACAUUUGCUCUUGUCCUGGGUUCUAUCUAUAUGUCACGGUGCAGUUUGGAACUAGUAUGAGUGAAUUUCCAAGAGUGUUUCUUCUCCAUGUAUAGAUACUUAGCUACAGGUGAGUGAAGCUGAGAGAUCCAUCUGCUUUCAGCCCAUUCACAUGAUGGCAACUGAGCGAUUCCCCUGGCUGGCCAAUGUUCAGCACUCCCCAUCUGCAGAGUGGAGUUAACUGCUCUGCAUAGAGAUAGAUUUAACCCUUUGUUAUGCACACUAAUCUUGUGAGAUUGAUGUUUUGUGAGUGAAGUUUUUUUCCUUGUCUAGAGGAGCAGGAGAAAAAAUUAGACUUUUUAAUUCCCUGCAAAAUGGAAAUAUUUAGUGGGGCCACUGGACAACGCUACAGGCAGAUAAAUAAUUUUUCAUUCCAUAGAUCAUGUGACCACUUAAUUCCCACUUAAUUCUCAUAACACGCUGGAGCAGUGUGACAGAAAGCAAACAGUAGGGCUGUGUUCAGAUCAUUCAUUGCUCCAUCUACAACCCUGGGAGACAAUGCAGGGAGAAUGCCAUUUGUAAAGGUCCAUAGGAAGAGCAGUGGAUGACAUUUUUACGGCUGGUUACCUGACUUUGAAAGGGACAUGUUAUAACCUCAUUUCAUUUCUUAAAUUCCCCUGCUUCACUUUGCACAACUACAAGAAAGCACUUCUGGGCAUAGAGGAACCAUUGUUUGAGCGCAGACAUCAGCGGGUGGUGAUGCCUUAAAAACAAGAGAAGAAGCCUCCUAGAUGUGGCUAUAGCAUUACUACCAUGAGACUGAACAGUGCAAGUUGUACACUCUAGAGUAUCUGUAACAGACCUCGGAAUGUAAUCUCCCUCAAAGACCUGCUCCACCUGCCACAAAAAUUCUAACAUUUCAGCAACCUAAAAGCUCUCGGCCGUGCAACAGCUCCACAUUUUUGUAUCUCCCUUCCCUAAAGUGAUACUUGACUCUCAGGCAGGACAAAUUGACAGCCUGUGCUCACACAGGGACAGCAAGUCAACACUACAUUGAUCAGAGUUCUGGAGCAGCUAUUUAGGAACAAACAAAAAAGAAGGAAAAACUGUUUUUCCAAAUCUAAUGUUACUUUUCCAUUCCUCAAAGCAGACUGCAACCCUCACAUCCCAAUGUCCCACCCCUAGUACUGCGUGGAGAAUAAGCCACUUGUUGCUAUACAGCCUGGAUGAUCCAGUCUCGUUAUAGAAGCAUCAGCACUGCAGCAAAAGGGAAAUCGUAUCCUGGUUUAGGAAGAGUAUGUGAUGUAUGCAACGCAUUGUUAGCACCUCUAAUAGAGUAGUGGGGAAUCCGUGGACUCACGCUUUAUAACAGGGCUCUCCAGUCCAUAGCCAGGCAUCUGCUGUGAACUCCAUCUAUCAGCGUGCUCCUUUGCUGUUCAAGGAGGUUGAGAGUUGCAGUUCAGAGCAGCUGGAGUUCCCUGCCUUAGAGCAUCCAUCCCACGUGCACACGAGGGGCACCUUUUAUUUAAUUUUCUAUCCCUUACGACCAGUUGUGGAGCCAGUCUCUGGCCCGUGCCGAUGAGUAGAGUGUAUCUUAUUUUCGAUCACUGCUCGGCUUCACCUUUAGGCCUAGGUGAAAUGAGCCGAGUGCUUGUUUUUAUUUUUUAUUUUUCGGUGUCUCUUGAUUAUGUUGUCUAAGUUAUACAGAAUUCUUUUUGUAUCGUGUCUUAUUAGAGGAUGCAAAAUGUAUGUAAAAUAAAAACCAAGAAAAAAAAACAAUUUGAAU